CCCCCGGGGGCCGGCCGCACGCGAGGCCGGGGAUGCGCGGCCUAGUGCAGGCCCCGGCUGGGUGGCGUCCUCCUGCCCCCACCCCCCGCCCCGGCCUCCAUUGGUCGCGGCCCCGCGGAGGGUGGGGUGUGGCGCGGCGCCAGGCGCCCUGUGGGCCCCACCGAGCCCAGCUUCCCCUCGGCGCCGGCGGGGGGGCCGCUGGGUGGGGUCCCCCCGGGCCUGCUCGGCGCGGCGGAGGGCGGGGGGCGGAGGGGAGGCGGCUCCUCGCGGGUCCAAAGAGACAAGGUCGCCCAUAGGCCCCGCGCCGCCGCGUCGGCAGGGCGGGGGGCAGGCGGGGGCGCUGCGGCCUCAGCCGGGGUGGGGGGGGCCUGCCUCGCCUCCCUCCCUCCCUCCCUCCCUCCCUCGCCCCCACCCCCCGGGCCGCGGCACCAGGCUGCAGGAAGCAACUUGCAGCCUGAUAAAUAAUCCAGCGCGGAGCGCCCCGAGGACCCGGCCCCGCUGCAGGCAGGCAAGUGGCGGCCGGAGCAGAGGGCGGAUUGAGGGGCGGGGGGCCGCUCGCCUGCCGUCUCUCCUCUUCCGCCGGGACUUCCUCGCCUUCCCCCCCAGCCAGGACGGGCGUGGGGCCCGGUCCGGAGAGCUGCUGCGGACACCCCGCGAUGCGUCUGAAGCCCUGCGUGUCGAAGAUGGAGGGUGGCGUGGAUGGUCCCAUAGGGAUCCCGUUCCCUGAUCACAGCAGUGACAUCCUGAGCAGCCUGAAUGAACAGAGGAACAAUGGGCUGCUGUGCGAUGUGGUCAUCUUGGUGGAUGGGCAGGAGUUCCCCACCCAUCGCUCUGUCCUGGCCGCUUGCAGUCAGUACUUCAAGAAGCUCUUCACCUCAGGGUUAGUGGUGGACCAGCAAAAUUUGUAUGAGAUAGACUUUGUGAGCGUGGACGCCCUGUCGGCUCUGCUCGAGUUCGCUUACACCGCGACCCUUACCGUCAGCACUUCGAACGUCAAUGACAUCCUCAACGCCGCCAAACUGCUGGAGAUCCAGGCGGUAAGCGAUGUUUGCACGGAUCUCCUGGACAGGAAGAUUCUGGCCAAAAAUGACCAGAUGGAUAUAGUAGAUCAAAUUGAUCAAAGGAACCAUCUCAGAGCAAAAGAGUACCUGGAGUUCUUCCAGAGCAACCCCAUCAAUGGCCACCAAGGCAGCCUUCCGUGGACCAACCAAGACUUGAGAGACCUUCAGAGACUGAACUUCCAAGGCCAAGAGGAAGAGGAGGAGCCAGAAUGCAACGGCAUGGACUUCUACUCGCAAGCCCCCCUAAAUGAAAGACCAAAGGUGAACGACUGUGACCCCGACAGCAACCAGGACAUGUGGCUGGACAGAGACGAAGAGGAGACCGCUGGGUCCUUAUUCCCACCUUCCCAGAAUGGACAUUACAGUGGACGUAGUCUGCCAGCCCCAGGAGAUGAUGAUGCGGCCCAGGGGGGGCCUCUGGACCAGCAGGAAGCCAGCGACUCCCCCAGCUUUGCUCCUGGGGGGGCAGAAGUGGAGGAUGCCGACACCAGGGAUGUGGACAGCCUGGCUGCCAGCGCCUUGCUGCAGCAGAUGAUCAACUCUGUGGGGAGGCAGCAGCUAGGCGAUGAUGACCGCAAAGAUGAUGAUGGGGUCAUGGAUUAUUACUUGAAAUACUUCAGCAGUUCGAACGAGAACGACGUGUAUCCGUCCUGGUCCCAGAAGGAGAAGAAGAUCAGGGCAAAAGCAUUCCAGAAGUGCCCCAUCUGUGAGAAGGUGAUCCAGGGGGCUGGCAAGCUUCCCCGCCACAUCCGGACCCACACGGGCGAGAAACCCUAUGAAUGCAACAUCUGCAAAGUCCGAUUCACGAGGCAGGACAAGCUGAAGGUUCACAUGAGGAAACAUACAGGUGAGAAACCAUACCUGUGCCAGCAGUGCGGGGCCGCUUUUGCUCACAACUACGACUUGAAGAACCACAUGCGCGUUCACACUGGCUUGCGGCCCUACCAGUGCGACAGUUGCUUCAAGACUUUCGUCCGAUCUGACCACUUGCACAGGCACCUUAAAAAAGAUGGUUGCAAUGGUAUCCCAUCCAGAAGGGGACGGAAGCCCCGGGUGAGAGAUGUUGGCGGCUUGGCCGCCUGUACAGGGAACCCCGAAGACGGAAGCUUUCAAGGUGAUGGCGAGAAUCAAGAGUCAGAGGACACCACGCAGAGAAACAGCCCAGAGCAGCACUUUGAAGAUAGCCCUAACGAUGAAGCAUCAGGAAGUUUGAAUGUAGCAGGGGGGUCGUCUGAGGGUAACAACAUUCAAGGACUCUCCUAAACCAAAAAAAAAAGGUGUCACAAAAUCUAGUUAGUACUUUCCUCCAAUUUCUCUUCAAAGAUGUUUCUCUCCCUUUUUAAAACAAAAUGAGAUAUAUAUAUCUAUAGAUAUAGGUAUAGAUAUAUAUAUAUAUAGAUAUAUAUAUAUAUAUAUGUGUGUGUGUAACGUUUCCAAUCUUCUCAUCAUAGCCAGGCUUCCUUUGGGAAGCUUUUCUAGCCAAGGGCCUUUUCUUUGAAGGCAGAUUCUUAGGAAGUUUGGGUUGAGGGUGGCAAGAUGGGUCUGUAACAUGGAAAGAAGCUUCCAUGUAAAUCCAAAGCUUUAUUUUGUGUCCAGACACACUUAAAACAAAUUCUGAGAUGCAUCUCUUAAAAAAAAAGAAAUGAUGGAAAAAUGCUAAGAGCUGAAUUAAUUUUCCUGGGCAGUUUAUACUUUUGGUGCCUCUGUUUGGCUGGACUGGGAAAAAUCAAGCUCAGAUUUUUUUGCUUCUUCUGUUUUGGAAAGAUAAAGCUCCCGAUGCCUGAGAUGCUCAUCGCAGGGUAUCUGAUACCUCCCAGGGGUUUGGGUCUUUCCUUCCCUGAUGCUGAGUAAAUUGAGGUAGCUUUGGCAAAAUCGUCCUUCAUAGCAGCCCCAGUGCAAUUACAUUCACUUGCUAUUUGUGAUAAUGGAGGGGGUGGGGAUUAAGGAUACUUUACACAUUGAUUUAAAAAUGUUUAUGCCGUGUGUGUAGACAGACAAAAUUCUGCUCCAGACAUCAUGCUUGAAAUGCCUACAGUAAAAACCAGGGUCCUUCCUAUAAGUUUAGCACUUCGUCCCUGACUGGGAGUAGGUUGUAAUCCUGGCUCUGCUCUCACAUCCCUUUGUGAUGUCAGGCAAAGCCACUUUUCCACGGGUCUCAGCUUCCUCAGUUGUAAAAAUGAGGCUAAUGCUAUUUGUCCACAUUUGCAAAGUGCUUUGAGAUCUAGGGAGUCCACAUCAUGAGGGGAAGACUAACUCUUCUGCUUCCAAGGCAGAUGAGAAACAAACAGACAAACCUGUGCACCCUGCAGGGGAACCGCGUGAGAUUCUCUUGGACAAGACAGUGGUUUUCAGCUGGGGUGCUACUAUUCCCCGUCAGGGGUGCCAGGAUGCAGGUACUGCCACCAUGGUGACAGCCAUGAACAUACUCCUGCUGCAUUAGGGCUCUGAUCAGCCUAAAGCAGGCAGGAGCUGGCUUGGCCAUAGCCCUUCCCAGUCCACCAGUGUACCUUUCUUUCCAGGCGGAGCAUUGGGGCUGCUGGACCAAGAAGGGCUGCACAGCAUGAGGCAGCUCCUGCCUGCUUUAGGGUGAUUAAAGCCCUAAUGUAGGAGUGCGCUCAUGUGCCACAGCCCUUCCUGGAUCGGCUGUGCAGUAGGUGUAGGCCAGCUUUAUCUGGAGAUAGCAACACCCAGUUGAGAAACUCUGAACUAGGUUGAGCAGCACCGACAGUGGUUCUCAACCAGGGGUGCCUCCACCUUCCAGAAAGCGGUGCAGGGGGACUGUGGCUCUGAAAAGGCUGAGAUCCACUGCCUUAAGUGGUGGCCUUGUCUGCUCAGGUGGCACUUUUCCUGAGAGCGCUUGACCUGCCUGGUGAGCAGCACAUAUAUACAUCCUGUCCCCCACCUCAGAGAUGGCUGUAUUUCAGCCGGUACUAUGUGGUUGUAGAUUGUAAUAUGAUAUAGCACUAAAAGUCUUGUGUGAGUGUUAGAUGUCAGUAGAAAGAGAAUCUUGUGGCAACAAAACUAACUCCUCCUUGCAUAUUGAUAACCCUGAGUGGGACAGGGAAUAUGAGAAAGCAACAAAAAUUCCAGACAGUCUCUGAUUCAGGGAUGAGUUAGCAACACCCGCUUUAUUUUUUAGUGCCUGGCUCCGUGAUGACGAACUCUAGGUGUAGUAGAGCCAAGAGCUGUUCCAUUGCAACUGGGACAUCCUGACUUUCCCUUUUACAACAUAGCACUUACUUUCUCUUCCCUGUUUAUUCAUACUCUACUCCCGAAUCCCAACUCCAGUCGUGAAGCUAUGGUCAUCUCUAGGAUAGGGCAGAAGCCUUUGAGGCUCACAGUGACCCAGUGAUUACUGGAGUGGCUUCUUAACCUCAGCCUUCAGCCUUCCUGAACAGCUGCUGCAUGGCCUAGUGACAGUCCUUAGCACUUGCUACAUUGCACCUUUCAGCCCAGGAUCUCAAAGCACUCGAUUCCAUGAUUAUUUAAGUUGAAAGAAUUUCUUGGAUGAGGAUUAUCCCGGAGAUUUUAGGAAUGAGAGCAAUGGUGUCAAAGCUCACCCUAAAAAGGAGCUAGAAAUGAGAGAUGUCCUGCAAAGGUUAUUUAGGAUUUCCCUUAAAAGAUUCAGGGAAUCAUUAUGAGGAGAGAAUUGGUAGGGCUAGAAAUAAAAGUCUGCUGAAGCUGCUAUCCCUUUAAGGCUUAGGGGAUUUGGAAACGUCUCUCCUAUGAGCACCCUGCGCUGGGUCAUCACACACCCUGACUUCUGGGGUAUGUAGUUCUGGUCCAUUAGACGGGCACCAAAGUAUUCACUGUCCAGCAGAGGCAGGGACUGUUAUUUAUUUGGAUCGGUGGUGCUGAAAGCCUUGCGCGGAGAAUACCAAUGGAACUAAGGUGCUGGCAGUGCCACGGGGCAGAAGAGGCAGCCUGCGGGCCUCUUAAUGCAAUGCAUAGCAGGUUCCUUCAGCAUCACCCAGCGCCCUGUUUCAGUGCCAAACAGACUUGGAAGUGACCUGUCUGGGAGAUCCUUAUGAUCGUAGGCCAGCGACUCCUUGAGAUAAAGAGGGUCAGGCCCUGUUCUCCCUAACAAAGGCCCCUUCCCAGCUCUCAGACAGCACAGAAAGGUGGUAGAAGUUCAUCUGCCUAUAAGUUCAUCACGGGGGCACAGAAGGGAAUUGGUAGGUAUUUACUCAAGGCGCCCCCGGGGGUUACAAGAAACAAUGGCCACAAGCUAGCAGAGAGCAGAUUUAGACUGGACAUUAGGAAGAACUUCUUCACAGUUCGAGUGGCCAGGGUCUGGAACGGGCUCCCAAGGGAGGUGGUGCUCUCCCCUACCCUGGGGGUCUUCAAGAGGAGGUUAGACGAGUAUCUAGCUGGGGUCAUCUAGACCCAGCACUCUUUCCUGCUUAUGCAGGGGGUCGGACUCGAUGAUCUAUUGAGGUCCCUUCCUACCCUAACAUCUAUGAAUCUAUGGUAAAACAACUAGAAAAUUACACCCACAGCUGAGCUGAGUACAGGAAAGAGGCAGGUGUUGCUUUCAGCUUCUCCAGCAUGUAGGAUCUUGUCCCAAUGUAGCUCUUUGGCUUGGGGGUGAUGUCUUACCAGUAGAGCUACACUGGGGCAGUCCUUCGUGCGGUCUCAGUUUGAGCCAAGUAAAGGUCAUUGUACUGUCACGUGCAGGAAGGAGAGUUGCUGCGCUGGUGUAAACACCUUUGUCCUAGUCCACCAGGCUACCGUGUAGGGCUUGAGGGAUGUCACUAGCAGUCCUGGCUCUGUGAUCUGAAAUAUCUCCCAGGGGUCACUCCCCAGCCUGUUCCCCAGCUCUCUAGCGAGACAAGUCCCUGCAUAUAGAGACAAGUAGAUGGGUGGGUACACAGCACACCCCGCUCCAGGUUAGGAGAGGACAGAUAAGGCACCUUUCAGCCAUUCACCUGGUUUUUAAAUGCACAGUGUAAAAUGAAAAGAGAUUCUAGUCCUUUAAUUUUAAAAGCACUUUUUAGAUUCUUUUUUGUUUGUUUUUUGAUUUCCAAGUGAGAGCAGGUUUGGCUGAAUGUAAUUGGAGCGGGAGUGAGAUGGGCGUGUGAGGGGGGAGGGGGCGCGUGGCGGGGUCGGGGGGGAGCUGGAUGUUUAUUUAAUGCAGAAAAAGCAAUAAAAAUAAAAAACCAUUAUAAAAAAUAUAUAAAAAAACAAAGAAGUCUUAGCACUUUGCGAUGGAACGGGUACUUUGAGAUCACUUUAUCUUAAUUUAAAAAAAAAAGCAAAAGCGAAACAUGUUUACAAGUCAAAACCAACUUCUACGGAAAGAAAUUAUUAUUAAAAAAAAAAUUCCUAAAUUUAUUUUUGUAAGAAAAAAAUGUGUAUAUAGAUAUAAAAAAAAAAGAAAAAUCAAUUUCCCUCGGCAGAACCCAACGUAUCUAUCACAGAGUAAUAAACCCAGAAGACCCACCAUGUGAGGAAUGAUGCUAAUUAGGUUCUGUGACAUGACGUGAAAACAAACCCCUCAGAAGUGAUUGCACUUCACAAAACAGAAGCUUGAAUUUUAGGCAGGAAUCAUGGUUUCUUUUUUUGUGUAUUGUUUAUUCCCCCCUGACCCCCCCCCCCUUUUUUUUUUUGUUUCUUAAAUGUCUUAUAGCCAGUGCUAGCCCAGAUGUCUCUCCCAUCUCCCCCACGCCCCGUCCCCUGGGAACAUCUUAGUUCAUACAGUUCUAGGUAGAAAGAAGACUGCUAAGCUGACCGACAGUGCUGUUUAUCAGGAGAAAAGGGCCCUGGGAUGGUAGGUGCCCCCGUGCUUGUCUUUGGUUGAUUUCGGAGGGUCGGCAGAGGAGUAUACGCAGCCCCUGUGUACAUAGCUUCAAGCUUUACUAAUUUAACAUUCCCCAGCUCUGCCUGUUGCCAUAUAAAUAUCAGCCGGUGCCACCCCACUGUUUGGACAGCAGUCAGUGCAAAGGGAGGCAUUCAGGUUUGAAAUCUAUUUGCUGACGGCUAAUGUGGGACUUCAGGAUCAGGGCUUAAAGAUGAUAAUGUGCAGAAACCGCCUCCCCUAACUCCCACUGGAGCCAGGAUCAGAUUUGAGAGAUGGAGGGAGAUCACCUUUCAAAUUAAAUCAAGGGAAAUCGGAGUAGUCCAAAAAAGAAAUGGAAAUAAAUCCUUUGUUGAUUCUUUUCACCCACCAUUUGGCCAGACCUUUGCCCAGAUCUCAGCAUGGGAUCUCCAUUUUCCUAGCGUUUAAAGUGAAAACCUGUUGGCAACAGCGCAGAGGGUGGUUCCUUCCUCCCUGUCGAAAGGUGCAUUAAUACCGCUCUCCCCUCCCAAUUCUGUCCCAUGCAAAGAGGGUGGUGGGAGGCAGGGGAAUAUCCCAUGACCUGGGCACUAGAUGGACAAGGCAAGCCACCUCUUCCAGGGAUGAACCUCUGCUUAGCACUGGCUAACUCUUGCAUAUGCAAAAACUAGUGUGGACUUGUAAAUAGACAGUUACUUGAGGUUCUUUAUUGUAAUCAAAAGUUGUGGUAUCUCUUUUCUAGUUUGUGUUUCCCCCCCUCUCUCCCCUGCUUUUAAAGCUUGUGUUUCUCUCCACACCUCCUUCUGCCAUUUGAAAAAAACAAACAAACCUCUCUCUUUUCCUUCCGCAACGUGGACAGCAAAAAAAAAAAAAAAAAAAAUUACAAAAAAAAUUAGUCUCAGGAUUCCUACUGGGGAGAGAGAGAGAGAGAGUGAGCAAGCAAGAGUCACUCACACACAUGUGCCCCCUAGAUCUAUGCUAGAGGGUACCCGCCUGCCUCUUUACAAUGCCAGCCUGCCCUGUUUCAUCCUGAGAUCUCUUUUUUGGAGUUCUUUUCCUCUAAGAAGCAGCAUGCAGGGAUGGGACUGUUUUGAAUGGGGCAGGGCUAAAUUUGGUCUCCUUCUGUGUGAAAUCUUCCCAGCAAGGAAAGAUAAGACCUGAAUUGAAACCCCAGAUCCAGGGUCAUAUUCCCAGUGACAGCAGGCGCGUAGUUUAAUCAGCGUUCCCCCUGCAGAGCUCUUCUCGGAGCUCCCCUUUUGGGGAUUUAACUCUACUAAGGGGCAGGAUCCAGAGUCCUGGUCUGGGGUUUGCAUUUGGCUCUGUCUCCGCUAUGGCAGAGCAUGGAGCUCCGCUGCCCCCUUGCUCCGGGUCUACGCUGACCCGAAAAGAGGGCGGGGGGGUCCUCUCUUUCUCUCACUCUAACCUUCACCUCUUCUCCCCAUCCCCGUUGUUUGCAGUGAUGGGCUUGGGAGCAGGUCAGCGAUGGUUUAUUCUGAACAGAGAUACCGCACCUUGUUUGUGAUAUGAAAUGCUUUGACCUUUAUUAGAGAUCUGGGGAUUUGAUGCGUGAGCUUUGAGUGGCGCUAGAUUCAUGCAUCAACAUGGCAACACUUUAGCACAAGCCUUGAUAAGUUUGCACUAAACAAAAAAAUCCAACCAACCAACCAACAAAUGAUUCUCAUCCCUUCUCCCUAUAGGGAGACUAGGAGCUCCGAGUAUGUUUUGCCUUAACCUUAUGACUUGUCUUACUCUGUGUAACAACCAACGACGGAAAUAAUAGUGCAUGCAAAAACUCCCCAAUCGUAUACUGUAUAUAAGUAUUGAUUUUUAUUGUUGUUAUUAUUAUUAUUAUUAUUAUUUUUAAAUUCAGGUUGUGAUAAAGUGUUGCCAAAGAUACUGCUGAAUUACAUUUCAGGAAAAAAACAAAAAAAAGUAACUCCUAAAAAAAAAAAACAACCAACAACAACAACAACAAAAAAACAGCAAUUUUUUUAUUACUGCCUGUUUUGAUUUCUUGGUACAAAAGAAAAAUGUAAUUUCAGUAGUGGUAAAACUGUGUUUGUUUGCAUAUGUGUGUCUCAGACAGUGGUUCCCUCUAGGCAGGGGGACUGGGGCCUUCUUCCAAGCUCCUGGAAGAGGACUAAACCCUUAACUGAUCAGAGAUUGGGAUUUCCUCUGAAGCAUUUGAGCUAGCUUGGGCUUUUUGGACUUGUCAAACAUCCUUGCUACAGGAAGAGAAGGGCAUGGCCUGGCUGUGGGCUUGAUUGUGUUCCCACGUUGGCAUCAGUGGGGAGAAUGUCUCACCGUUACGGAAUCAAAAUUGGGCCUUUGGGUUUCAACACUAAGAGAUCUUGGGAUCCAGCCCACCCUGGCACUGUGGGAAGCAGAGGAAGCCUUCUCAGAUGCUUACGACUCAAUAGAUCCCCCCCAUCUAGAGGGAAACCCGCCCGGACACACGUGCUGCACCGUGUCUACCACCUUGGCGGAGCACAGAGAAGCCACUCCUGCUUGCAUUCUUCCUCUAGGAGACGGCGGGAUUCCUCUCCGCCGUGUGCACCGAGGGCCUGUCGAGCUGCCCGCCUCACAACUGGGAGACUUGUUGGAAGCUGUUCUCUCCUCUUUCCACCCCACUCCCCAAAUGCAGCUAGUGAAUGUAACCCGCGGACAUGGCCAAGGGCUGAGGACAGAGGGCAGAGAGGUGGGGAGGGCCAGCUGGCCGCCUGGGGAGAGCCUGCUGGCAUCCGGCUUAACGGGGACACGAACAGAACCGUGAGUUCCCACGACUUCUUCAGUGAAUACCAAAGUAUACUCCACCCUCACCGCAGAGGUCCUGAGGGGCAGGCGGGCAGGGGGUGGGGGGCAGGGGGGAGCUCUCUGAUGGGAUCUGCUUUGAUCUUAAAUCAAACACUUUCCCAUCAGAGUGAGCUGUAAGGGAUUCACUUCUCUAUUGGCACAGACUAAAGGCUCUUGGCCCUCCCCAGUGCAGGGAGAUGCGGGCCAAGGGCAGUAGCUUCCUAACGUGAGCGUGGGGUGUAUUUUCUUCUCCAUUGUCAUGCUGUAACCAUGCCUCAUGUAUGUCGGUUUAUUUCUUCUGUCCCCUUCCCCUUUUCUCUGAUCUCCUUUCAAAAAUGCUGCAUCUCCCCCAGACCCACCACCCCCAGCAACGUGCCCCUCAGCUCCAGCCGGACUUGAAGGCUUUGCUAGCAGACAUCGACCCUGGUGGAGCUUCCAGCUCCUCGGCUGGGGCAGGACACUGCUCUCUCCAUGUCCAGAUUGGGUUGGGGAGAAGGAGGAAACUUCAGGGCACAAGGCAGAUCCCAUCUGUCCUAAAGUCCAUGCAGCCGGUGGUGCAGGAAGCUGUCUAGGCUGCAGGCAGGUCCUUGCCCCUCCAACCCUGAGUCAGGUCCUGCACCUAAACAUAACAACCUGCUUCCCCCCCACCCCCCCACAAGCCUUAAGCAAACCCAGACGGUGUGGCAGGGAUGCAGCAUCUUGGAAGGCAGCAGAUUGAUUCUUUGCACUAACUAGCCCCAUUUGCUUUGAUGGGAAACUGUCCUGUUGCACACAUGAGCUGAGAGCAAGCCAGGGGCUGUUUCUAAGAGGAGCCCGGGGGCAGUGACAGGUGAGGAUGGGAGAGAGAAAGUCACAGGCUCAGCCAUUCCUCUUGGUGAUGCCGGGCAGGAGAGGGGCAGACUUGUCUCUCCUGCAGGCAAAGGGCUCCUUUCUUUUUUCCUUUAGUGUCUGAUGAUGUUUAACAAUGCGAGUGGUUUGGUUUCUUCUCCCUUUCUCUUCCCCUCCCCAUCCCCGCCUCCUCUUCAAAAGUUCUUGAUAGUUACACCUAGAUUGUAAAGAUGGGUCUGGGGACCCCAGGCCCCAGCACCGGGGGAGGAGGGCUGGGAACACAUCUGGUAACACCGUUCCCAACUUUGUGGUGGGCUGGAACCAGAGCAAGAGUCCAGCUGCGAGGCAGGGGCCGGGGAGCAAACACAGAUACUUGCUGGUGAUCUCUUUGCAGUGCAAUCAGGUUGUCCAUCGGUCAGUGCCAGGCGGUAUCCCCGAGUGGGUGUUUCUGUCCUGUGGGAGGCAGGUGAAAGGCUCAGAACAGUCUCUUCAAAUGUCCCAAUCUCAGAAAACACCCACCCCACCCUAGACCAUUCAUUCAGGGUGCUCAAUGGCUGCCUUGGUGAAACCCCACCACCCACCCUCAGAGGAGCAAGGCCAAAGCCCAGCUUCUCUCUUUCUCUCUCUCCCUCUCUCGAAAUGCCAGUGUGACGAGCGUUCAGGAGGCCUGAUUCGACUAUUUAAAAACAUAUAUAUAUAUUUAUAUUUUCAAUUUAUUAUGAAAGUUUUAUUUAAAUAAAGAGGAACACUUUUUAAAGAGCAGUUAGUGAGUUGUCACAAGAUUUAGCUUCCUUAGUUGGGGACCCAGGCUUGUCACAUUUGUAUGGCCUGGGACGAGUAACAAGAUGCUGCAUUAAAGUUAUGUUUUCUAAAAUUACAUAUAUAUAUAUAUGUGUGUGUGUGUGUGUUUGUAUGUGUGUGUGUAUAUAUAUAUAUAUAUAUACGUGUGUGUAUGUGUGUGUAUACACACACAUACACACACACACACACACACACACACACACGGAGAUUAAACUUUAUUUUGGGGUAGGUGGAUCUAAAACUCCCCUCACCUUUCCCCAGGAACGAACUGAUCCGAUGUCAGAAGGAAGAGAGAAUAUUUAAAAAAAAAAAAAAAAAAAAGAUGGGGCCACAUUUUCUGCGUCUUUAUAUAUAAUCUAUUUUAAAAAAAACCAAAAAAAAAAAAAUUACAAAUUCUAUAUAUAAAGCACUCGCAAGUUUCAUCAGUUUUAUGUGUAAACUACUUUUUGUGGUAUCUGGGUAAUGAGUGAGGUGAGACAAGCACAGAAAAGACAUUCCAUAGAUUGUAACUUUGAUAGUUCUUUAUAAAGUGUGGGAGACGAGACAAAAAAAAAUAAAAUAAUAAAAAAUGCACUUUUUGGGGGCUUUAAAAAAAUAAACUAUAUAUUAAAAAAAUACAUGCAACAGUUUUGUCCUUCUUGUAUAUAAGAACCACUAAAAAAAAAAAGAAAAAAAAGGUAAUUAAUAAUCCAGUCAUUAAUAACUUGGGAGUUGUUUUGUUUUGUUUAAAUCUCUUUUUUCCCCCUCCCCUCCUCUUAAAUUCAAAGAGAAUUUAAAAUAAAUUAAUCAAAAUCACUGGUGUCUUGAUGGGGCUGAGACAUGAGGAGGUGAGAGAGGGAGUUUGUAGGGUUGGAGGGAACCGGUCCCUGCCCUGCUCUGUCUGAGGUGCUGCUGGGUCCCCUCGGUGCCACCAUGCCCUGCCCCAUCGUGUCUGGCUGAGUGGAUGUUCAGGGCUCAUAGGAUCCAUUGCAAACCCGUGUCUCUUCCCCGUGGGUGGCGUUCACCCGUUCACCCUUGCAAAGCAACUCCAGACAGGAAGCCCUAAGACCAAUCUCUCUCUCCGCCUGACGAAGGGGAGUGUGGGGAGAUUGAGCCAGUUGUUCCUCGGGAGCUUUUAACUUCACCCAUUUCCCUUUGCCCCAUCCCAUGCCUUUGUGGCGUUUUCUCUCAUGGCUGUGGUGGGGUUGGGGAGAUGGGGGUGGAUGUGUUGCUGGCUCAGGAUGCAUGUCUCUUCCCCCUUCCGGCUCCGAGUCAGGACAUGGGGUGGGAUUGAGGCCAGCAACCUGCGGGGCAGACACGUUUCUGUCCACGAUCCUGAGCUCCUCCAGUGAGGCCAUUCCUGUCUGUUGCCUGCAUCCUCCUUCUCCAGUGCCCUGUGCUCUGACUAACCCCUCUUGCGAGGCAGCUGGACUCUCGCAGACACGGAGAGCCUGGGCAUGUGUGCUCAGCUUCCCCUCGGCCAGCUUUGUAGGUCUCUCUCUGCCCAGCCCCGUGGUUGUGAGGGAUCUGGGUCUAUCUGCCCCAACCGGGACAAAUCAUAGCUCCCCAACCCCAGCCAGGUGCAGGCCUGCCUGCCCGGACAGCUGAGCGCUGAUGGCCAACAGUGGGUGCCUAACUCUUGAAAACUAAGCCCCAAGUCUGUGAGGCAAACCCCACAGCUGGCUGGAAGCCUGUGGUGCUAGGCUGGCUGGCACCUGCUGAGGACCCACUGACGGCCGAGCCCCACUUGCCCCCAGUUGCCCUGGGUCAGUGCUUGGAAGCCACUCGGGAUCAGUCUGGUGUUGACUGGUAGCAAUGCGUAGUUUCCUGCUCUUUUUUCCCCCCGCUCUUUUUUCUCUCUGCUUUGUCUCCACUCUUUUUUUCCACCCUUUUCCCCCCCUGCUUUUUUCCCCACUUUUUUCAAGCCCUUCCCCCCUCCCCAUUUUUCCCCCUGCCCUUUUCCCCCUGCUUGUUUCCCACUCUUCCCCCACCUUGCUUUUUCCCGCUCUUUUUCCCCACUCUUUCCCUGCUGCUCGUUUCCCGCCCUUUUUUCCCGCUCUUUUCCCGCCCUUUUUCCCCGCUCUUUCCCCUGCUCGUUUCCCGCCCCUUUUUUCCCGCCCUUUCCCCUGCUUGUUUCCCGCUUUUUUCCCGCUCUUUCCCCUGCUCGUUUCCCGCCCUUUUUUUCCCGCCCUUUCCCCUGCUUGUUUCCCGCUUUUUCCCCGCUCUUUUCCCUGCUCAUUUCCCGCCCUUUCUCCCUGCUCGUUUCCUGCUCUUUUUUUCCUGCCCUUUUUUCACGCUUUCCACUGCUUGUUUCCUGCUUUUUUCCCACCCUUUCCUCUGCUCGUUUCCCGCUCUUUUCCCCUGCCAUUUCCCCCUGCUCAUUUCCUGCUCUUUUUUCCCGCCCUUUCCCCCUGUUCCUUUUCCACUCUUUUUUCCACGCCCUUCCCCCCCGCUUUGUUUCCCACUCUUUCCCCCACUGCUUUUUUCCCGCCCUUUUUUUCCCCCUGCUCUUUUUCCCCACUCUUUUACCUCAGAGGGCGUCAAGCUCAGCCCUGCCAGGCACAGGGCUCUUCUCACCGCUGGGGACAGGGGAAUCAGAAGAGGGCGUUUGGGAGCCAGUUGCUCCCCUGCUGUCCCACAUCAAUGACUUUCUUUCCGACCAAGUGGUGGCACUUAGAUCAGGAUCUGGCCCUUAGCAGAGAGAGGCCAUAUCCUCUGACAUAAGCAGGGAAGGCACCAAGCGGAGCAGGACAGGGGCUGGGGAUAGCGACCAAACCACUCACAACAGCCUGCAUCUGAAUAUUGGUCCCAUCUUCACUGCACAGAGCAGGGGUUAAACUCUGCUCGGCCCCCGCUGGGCUCUGCUGGCACUGGCAAGCCCAAAGGCAAUCUCCAGCCUGGGCUGGGGGAGCUCAGGGGUCUCUCAGAGGAUUGUCCCGAUCCCGGCUGGGCAGAGCCUAGCAGGCAUAGAGGCCGUUUGGCCCCUUGCCUCUCUUGAACCAGCCCCAUCAGCAGUCACCACCCCGGUAGCCGCAGUUGCUUUCAGCCCACAGCAGUGAAGACUCCCAAAGGACACCGCAGCUUCUGCUAAGGGCCGUGAGCAGGAUCCUGCAGUCCUUCCUCAGGCAAAAUGACCACUGAAGUCAGGUCACAGGAGCAGAGGAGGCCAGCAGGAGCUGGGGACAGUAUGGGUGUGGGUGCACGAUGGCACCGGCUGGAGGUCAGAUCGGCAUUGCUUUGCCGCUCCUUUGCUCACCUGUGCCUCCCUUCUGGGAUCAGUGACCGUCUUGCUGCAGCUCUGAGACGAGGUCCUUUCUGAAGGUCCCCUCUGCCGGGCUCAAUCCCACGUGCUUAGUUCUGAAAAAGGCCCAGCUUCCUGCACCCAAACCUUCCUCUCCCCUUUAAAACCUCCCCUAAAAUAAUAAAGGAACCUGGCUAACUGUGCGUGGCCGGGUGUUGCAGGCUCUGAGCACAGUCUGUCUGGAAAAGGAAAUCCUGACCGGCUCUUCCCCUUGCUGCUGCUGCGAGCUACCCCGGGAGCUCAGCCGCUUGCUCCCUGCAAAGCAGCCGCCUCUUGCAAAGGGGCCCCCUUCAUAGCAUAGGACUCCCUGUCUGCAGGCCUCGGGCUUCUUCGGGGGCGAUCCACACACAGGCUCAAUGCUGCCGAGGCCAAAGCGAAAGACCCAGCAUCUCCCUGUGCAGCGGGCUCCUUCCCCGCAGCAGAGAACAGCUCCCCGCACCAAACCUUGCCAGUCCCGUCGCCCUGCUCUGAGCUGUCCUGAGGUCCCAGCUUUUUUUUGCUUUUUUUUUGCUGGGGGUAAAGGGUGGGGCAGGAAUCCUGUAUCUUACUAUGUAGUCCUUGCUCCUUUUCUAAUCAACUAGUACCAGGUAUUCAGGGCUCCUGCUGACACUUAAUGGAGGCAGGCUGGAGAGAAGGGCUGUUUGCUCUGGAGGCCUGGGGUUUAUCUUUCACUAUUAUUCUUUUUUCUUUUAUUUUUUUUUACUGCGGGGUGUUCAGGCCCUGGGGGGAGGGGUGCCUGACAUGAAUUUCAGGCUUGCACAGGAACCGUUUCCUCCCCUGGUAUAAGAACAGCCCAUUUCAAACGCUGCAUUUGAUUAUUUUCUACUCUUGGGCAGGUUUGGUUGUUUGACUAAAAUCCAAUCCAUUGUACGUUCCUUUCCAUCUAUUGUACUGUAAUAGAGACCUGUUCAUUUUUGCACUAAUAGAUUGUUUUUUUUCUCUCUGA